AAUCCGGUCUCAGGAGGGCUAUGGGCCGAAACGAUUGCCAUAUUCGGAUUCAGUGCACUUGAUUACCUAUUGUCCACUACCUUACGGCUCAAAAGCGAUUUAUCAGUUGGUGUCCUUCCCUCGUAAGUGUUAGAUAACGAUUCCACAUAUUAGAAUAUCAACCCACGUUAUUUCGAAUUUUAGUGUAUGAAAAUCGGCGUUAUCACGCAUCCACGCAAAAGUGACCCAAUUUUUUGAGUUAUUAAUCUAGGUUCAGCUCCACGUGCAUCUAGAUGUACGUGAAGAUGAAUCCAGAUUAAUAGGCCAAAAAAUUGGGUCGGUUUUGCUUGGGAUACAGAGGACAUCUAUUUUCUUUUAGUUUCUCACUUUUCAGUAAGUAAUAUCAGUUUGUCGCAAGAAGUAUGCAGACAUAGUCAGAAAAAUUCUGGUGAGACCAUCAUUUUCUCAUAUUUUGUUUUUAUGCGUAAAUAUAAGAAAAGUAGUACAGGUAUUAACCAUUUUCUCAUAGUUUCGGAGAGCUAAAAUGUUUAUGGUCAGUGGUACUGAUGAUGUGUUUUCUAUUCUAGUUGACCGGUGAUAUCAUUAUGUUUGACAAUUUUAACUUCUUCAAUUCUACUGAAGCUUCGUUUCACUUUACAUUAAAACGAGUUGGUGUUUAUUAUACGUUCCUGAUCUUCAUAGUGGGCUUCAUUGGAAAUUCACUGUCUUGUCUUGUAUUUUUACGCGCUGGAUUGCGGUAACAUUUUUGUAGUACUCUCCUUCCUUUAACUGAAUCCUAAUUUCUUUCUAUACUUUUUAGUCAAUUGGGUUGUAGUUUUUAUUUGAUAGCUUUAUCAAUAUCAGACAAUGGUUAUCUAUUAUGCCUUGCUAUCAUAUGGUUGGAAAAUAUUAAUAUUCAAAUAUUUCAUAUCAAUAUAGUUUGCCAAAUUACUGUGUAUUUCACAACACUGUGCAGUUCAUUGUCUGUCUGGUGAGUAACUCUUCUCCUUUUUUUUGUUAAUAUGAAAAUUUUUGUUUUGAUAUUAUAAUUUGCAAUUUGACAUGAGAAGACUGAAUGAAACAAGAUCGCAAACGGGGAUAGUAAAGCGAUGUUUUCUAUUGUCUAUAGAGAAAGGACGAAAAUAAAAUUAUGACAUUUUAUUCCAUAAGUAAUUUUGCUUUUAUCUUAAAUUCAGAAAGUAAAACGAAUAGUUAUGAGUUUUAAUCUAAUCUUAGACUCAUUAUGUGAACGAUUAAAACUGAAUUAUUUUCUACUGUUUCUCGUAGCAUAAAAAUUUUAAAACCAAUGCGGCUAUCAUAUUAAGAAGUUUAAUAAAAAGUUUUAAUCAAAUAACUUUGCCCAUAAACUCGUAGUAUGUCUUGUAACACGUUAACUGCCGAAGAAAUCAUAUAUAUGAUACUCACUCGUUUUGGAUUAGAUUUUAUCUUUUUACUAAAUGUCGUAUCGUACCUAAAAAUCAAGUUUUUAGUUAUUGUUCGUAUCAGUCUGAAAAAUGGUAUGACCUUUCUGCAUAUAAUACUGCUGAUCUCUUAAUAAGUAAUACUAGCAGGUAAAUCGUCAAUGAUAAAAGGCAGAUCAUCAAAUACAAUACAAACUGUUGUUUGUAACAUAAAGUUGAAUCAGUCGAAUGUAAAAAUCAAAGAAGAGAUUUGCUAUGUACGCAUGAUUAUAUCUUCAUAAUCGCUCCAUGAUUCUCGUCAUAUCUAGCUCUUUAGAAUGUGAAUAUAUGAAACACUUACAAUAAUAAUAGAAGAUCAUGACAUUCUGGUAAAAUGAUGUUACUUCUUCGAUAGAGCUGCCAUGUUCAUAGUGACAUUAAGUCGUCAGAAGUUUACGUUAGCCUUUACUACUGAACGUUUUGUUGUUGUUGCAUAUCCUCUCAAACGCAACUGCUAUCGUUCAAAUGCUCGAGCUCAUAUCGUCAUUUUGUGUAUCACCGUUGUAGCCUCCGUAUUAUAUUCAUCGACAUUCUUCACAACUGGUAUUGAACUCACCAGAAGCACAUCGACUGUCAUGCCCAUUGUAUCCGUUAAUCGAUGUGCAACGUUUCACCGAUGGAUCACUUUCACUCGCCGAAUGAAUAUAUUUGAUGUUGUUGUCACAUUUAUUAUACCAUUUAUAGGUAUUGUUGUAUUCAAUUCAAUUAUCAUAUACAAAUCACAGGAGUACAAUGGUCUGUUAGAUAGAAAUGAUGUAGACUCUACAAGUGGUUUAAAUCACAUGAUCGAACAGAGGGCAAAACGGUCAACGUAUCAUAAACGAAUGACAAGAGUGGCAUUAAUCAUUAGUUUCACCUUUCUCUUAUUGAAUACACCACUGCAUGUGCUGAAAGCAUAUUAUUUUCAGUUUAGUCCACCAGAUGUUGAUGAUAAAUCAUUAACAGAAAGUAUCAUUGAGCAGUUUACAUUUUAUUUGUAUUACACCAAUUUUAGUAUCAACUUUUUUCUUUAUUCACUGUGCGGUGAAAAUUUCCGUACGUCGCUUGUACAAUUAUUUCAGCGUAAACGAUCAACAACAACAAUAAUGGUCAAAAACAGGACUUGUCAAAAAAAUCAAGUUAGAAACACCUUUGCUGGCCAUGCUCUUGGUCGCCGGGAUACGGGUGAUAUACAAAGACUAGAAAAUCUUUUACAUGGGAUAAAUGCAAGUAACAUUACUGUGCGCUGUGAACAAAUAUUAACAAAAGUGGCUGAGAUUGAUCGAGAUGUGAGUUCUGCCAAUCGCCGGAAUUUGUCAACGAUAGUUAAAUAUUAUCACCGUAGAAGUAAAACACAUAAAACAAACAUUGUAAAAGUUAAAUUUCAAUCACAGUCACAUUUAUGUUAA